AUGUGUUUCGGCGGAUCCAAACGCAGAGCGUACGGCGGAGGCGGCAUGGGAAUGGGACCCCGCCCAGCGGUUGUCCAGACUCAUCACCACCACCACGGCGGCAUGGGUGGCGGCGGAAUGAUGGGUGGGUCUCGACCCUGCGGGCCCCGGCACGGAUACGGGGGCGGCGGCGGCUUUGGCGGAGGACGCGGAUUUGGUGGGGGCUGGGGAGGACGACGCCGGGGUCACUGCUAG